AUGGCCGCUUAUCACAAGAUAUGGCGACAUCUUCGACAUCUAAACGUAUGUAUAACGAAAAUGUCCUCAGUUUUAUACCUUUUAGCAAGAGCAAUUUGACCGUACAUUUCGGGGAAGGGAAACUCAAAAAUUGCUCUUCUGACGUUUCCAUCUCUAAUGAUAUCAAAAUGCUAGAGUUGGAAAACUUGUCCGAUACUAUGAUAAAAAUAUGAGGGAUAAACUUAACACUUCAACCUCCAAGUUUAUUUGGGGAAAGAAAAGGAAACAUUUUGGUAUAAAGCUGUUGUUAUCCAGGGCAUAGCAUCACGACAGACUACAAAAGUCUCAUUAGCGCAAACUACAGUUGAUUUCUUUCUCUCUAAUGACAACUCAAAGGUUACGAAAGCGCAAAUCCGGUUGUUAAUACCAAAUUUCAAUUGAAAACUUGAAGGUAGUCUUAGAGACAAACGCAACAUAUGGUCUGAACGUUCAAGUUGUAACCAAAUGUUUUCGAACAUUUCGUCAGUAUUUUCAACAAAGGUCGCUGCAGGAAACAUGAUUUAGACAUUGGAAAUAAAAAAACCAUCGAUUUUUAACUAAGUAUAAUAGUUCUCCAGUUUUAAGCAGAUUUCAAUCUUUCUUAGCGCAAGGUUGUUGUUACAGACCUGAAAUAAUGCUGGAACAAAUUCAAUUCCUUGGGGGCAGUUCUUUAUUUCGUAAUUUUUCGACAGGAAUCGGCUGCGAAGCAAUAACAGUAAACAAAACAAAUCAGACUUGUUUCCCUCUAGAAAGCUGUUCCUACUGCUACUAACUAAAGCUUAUCGCGGCGGUAUUUCAGAAAAUUGUCAUUUUAGAGCACAUAUCUUCGUUUUGUGGCACGAAACACGAGAAAAGUUAACAAAAAAAAAAAGAACAACACAAAACAAAACAAAAAAGCUGCAUACCGAGCAGAACAUUACUUAAAAUUAUAAGAAAACUAGGGCUUUCGUCACCCUUGCUGUCAAAUAAGAUUACACUUACACUAUUUUGUGUUAGUUUUGUCGUACUUAUCUAUCAGACAGUUAUUAUUGACUAAGGCAGGCAGCGCUGUUAGAAUUCGAAAUCUCUAACUGUGCUUUUCAGAGUAGAAAGAAAAUGAGUUUGAAGACAGUUAUCUCCGAAGGAAAUGUAGAAACCCAAGUUGUUUCAUUAACGUUUCCAAGUAAGCGUUUAGCAGAUAUUGUGAAGAGGCUGGGCCCUAAAAUUCUACAAUUCUUCCCUUUAGAAUCAUUAAAACUAUGACAGCCAUGAAAAAUACGCAACGUUUAAGAUUUGCUGAAAGUGAUUUUGAGCCAUUCAAGUAGUUAGACUGUCAGUUUUGAUAUACCUCCAUGCAGCAUCGACAGAAGGUGCUGAAACCUAAAAACCAAUAGCUCACGUCUUAGAUUUUUGACAAACGUUGAAUACAGUAGCAAUUCGUGUUCAAACCUACGUUACUUCGAGACAAAAAUAACGGCCUGGCAAAAAAAGAAUUGUCAACAACGUGACUGCAGAAGACAAAGGCUUAACAAAACGUGCUUGUCUUACACCUGUCGAUUGUUUUUAAACAAAAACGUGAUCGAAGCAAGCAGAUGAAUUUGUGCAUGUUUCUUCGCUUUGUUUAAUCCGUAAUGUGCUUUUCGAUUGAGUGAUUCGUAAAAUCCAAUCCAGAUGAAUCACAACAGCCAAUCAUAGCGAAGAUAAGUAUCACAAUGAGCCAAUGAGAACUCAAGGAGAAAAAAAAAUAAAACUGACUGAAAUGCCGGAAAACGCACGUUUUAUUAAAAUUAAAACAUUUCCCCGCUAUGAUAUGCAAUUGAGGCACUUCAAAAGGCAAAUAAAACCUCGAAAAUUAGCAAGAAAAGUUUCGUUCUUAAACCUUCACUAACUAAGAUUAUGUUCUUUACUGUCUGAAGAUAACUGAGAUGCUACGAGCUCCGUAAUUGGUCAAAAGCCUAUCGUUGAUUGCACCGGUAAACUCAUAAAAAUCGAAGUUUACUUUAUAAAAGCAAUAGACUGCACUUUUUAUAGGUUUACCGCCGUCAUAAUCCACUUGAGAUCAUAGAGGACCACUCGAAUAGUUUGUAAUUCACUCGCUAUCAGUUUUUGAUUAACAAAGUUUUCUCGUGUUCUCUCCAUAUUGCGCCUCCAAACCUAUAGAAAGUGCGGUCUGUUGCUUAAGUGACUUUCCAUGUAUUUAUCAAAGCUGCAUUGCCUAUUAUUUAAUGCGAUAUUUUCAAAUGAUAAGGGAGUACAUUAAAAAUAAGGCAUCUUAAAUCUUGUUACAUGAAACGAUCGACUUUAUUCGGACAGUUCUCAUCAAAAAACACAAAUGAUAGACUGUUUGAAGUGAGAAAAAAAUCAUACAAAUCCGGAAAAAAAAAUUAAAUGGGCAAAAAUGAAAUUAAUCAAUCUUGAGCAGUUGAGUUUUGGAGACUGAAUAAAUUAGAUGUACCAGUGCUGAAGUCCCUUAUCAAAUUGGAGGAGACUUUGAACUCAUUCCUUUUCCCUUAGGCGUCGUCUAGACUUGAAUUCAUCAAAGCAAAACUUCCUCAGGAAAAGAAUAUGUACGUUCACUUCCUUAGGAGACAACCGACCAAGAUUGGUAGAUUGGUUAUGGAAGUAUAGCUGUCAACUUUUAUCUCUACGGUCACAUCGACCAAAAUAAGAGAAACUCAGAAUUUACAUUGUGCUUAUCUAGAAUUUUAAUCGUCAUGAGGACUUGAAGCUUUUAACUUUCUGUCAAAUUUUUAUCCGUUUUGUGUAAAACCAGUAGCAAAAGUCUGAUGAGGACAUAGACAACUUUUUCUCAGGAUGCUACGUUUUUUUUCACACUUAAAGAGAUCUCGUCAGAAAACGAAAAGGAAAAGAGCAACAAAAGAAACAAAAGAAGAGAAAAAAAAGAAGAGAAAAAAGGAGACAAAAAAAGCAACAGAACUACAGAAGCGAAUAAAUUAAGCAAAUUGAUCAAUGUUCGUGAACAAAGUUAUCUCUAAGACUAACCUCAAUAGUGAUUUGAUUAUUUGUACUUGAUCACGUCCCGUUAGGAAAUCAGCUAGAUGUCGAGAUAAAAUUUUUUUAAUAUGUAAGAUGGCAUAACGAUAUUUCCAUUCCAAUCGAAGCGCGUAAUCUUGUCUAUUUUUAGGCAGAAACUUGCGAAAUUAAAGGCUUUACAACCACUGAACAAAGCAGUGACUGUGGGGGUCGAGAACAUUAAUAUUACAUUUUAUCUAAUAAAGUGCCUUCAUCAGUAAUUUAUGCAUGACAUUUCUCAAUAUCGCCUCAAAUCGAUCAAAAUCAAUCAGAUUUUGCUCGAAAUGUUCGUUAACGAAGUGAUUUAGUGUGAGGGGUCGCCGCAUCCUAAUGUUCCUUGUUAAUUUGACGAAAGAACCACAAGAUUGUUACUAGUGCCUUGUGAAAUGACCAAAGCCAUGCUGUUAGCGUUGGCCCGAAAACUUGUUAAGGUAAGAUACGGAGAGAGAUUGUGAUGUUCAGUUCUCGUCACGAGAGACCUAAGUUAGAUGCUAUAAAAAAUGGCAAUUUUGCAGUCUAGGAAUAUCGUCAGAGAUCUAUCAAAAAGGAGCCGUAUACAUUAGAAAGUUUGGAGUUAUAUUAUGAAACGGAGCAUAAGAAAUUUCAUCUCGAUUCCAAUUUUAAACGCUAAAUGAUCAAUUGAGUCCUUUGCUUGCUGAUGCGAAACACUGGUUCUUAGAAUAACAUAAAUUCUCGGUCUUGUGUCAGGUCAUUUGAAACAGCGAAAAAACCAAGGCAUUGUAACAAAUAUUUUAGCAGAAGUAAGCACUAUCUUUCGUUUAAAGAUCGUUUGUCAGAGUGAAUCGCUUCAAGUUUAAAAUGUUGCCAAAGUUUUCGAAUAUUGGACCACUAAAAAUCCAACCAAAAAGAAAAGGGAAAAAAUGCGAAUUUCCAUUUGCUGUAACUUUCUAUGGCCUACAUGGAAAACUAAGAUGCUGCACGAUUCUGAUUUAAUAAAUAUUUGAAAGUAAGCGAGGGAGGAAUUCGCUCGAAAAAACACGCCGCUUGGCCUCCGUUUUCUCUCUUUUUUUUUGUUACUAAAGAUUGUUGUUUAUGAUUUGGCGAUGAACUAAGCUUAGUAAGUAGUUACAGGCUUCACAAUUAACAGUUUUUUUUUCAGGUUAAAUCGAAGUGUAAAUAGGUAAGGAAAUAAAAACGGAAGGAAAUAAAAAAAAAAAAAAGACUAACAAUCGUUGAAUAUUUGAAUGGAACAUAACGUUUCCAAGUAAUUCUAGAGCAUUUUUUUUAAGUAGUCUAUGUUGGUCCGUCAGUUGCACCUAUCUUCAACGCUACCGGUCAACAAUAACAGAAAUACUCAUGUUCAAAAGCCAUAGUUUCUUAAUCCGUCGAAUUAAUCGAACCGAAGUCGAAAAUAGAUCAAAGAGCGCGCGUAAUGAAAGUUCGGAAGUCAAGCAAUAUAUCACAUAAAAGGCGAAUUAUUUUCGCGACUUCCCUAAGAAAGUUCCUUCCCUCUGCUAAUUAAGAUGUCGUAUAUGCCAAAGAAAAUAUUGUUUACUUUAGUUUUUGUUCAAACUCCAUAAAUAGAACAACAGAAUUAUCUAACAAUAAAUAACUAUUUAAUGAAUUAAGGGAGCGUGCCCGACUUGCCUGUUACAGCUGUGUUUCAAUGAAAAUUCGUCUGUACUCAUUUUCAGUCGUUGUAAAAAGAUUUGCAAUGAACCUCAUUCAAUGACCUGAUUAACCCGUUGAGGAAACAGCUUUUAAAACAAUAUCGCAGUCAGUCACGUGCAUGUCAAUUGACGUCUUCACUGAUCACGCCGGAGUAACGCGCGAGAAACAUUGGCAAAUAACAAUCCUUUGUCAUUAAUCAGCCAAUUACUGAGAAGGACACUCACAACUACAAACAACUUGAGGAGAAACAUCCAACAUGGCACGAAACUAAAGCAGUAAAGUUAAGGGUGCAAAUGGUACAUACUCAAAAUUAUAGUAAGUGCAACCCAUACUGGAGGAGACAAACAUUCUUUUUACUGGGGUAUUCAUGUAUUGCAUAUAAAGAGUCUAAUAAUUUUCAAUAUCACACUGGUACCCCUACCCCUACCCCUCCCCCCCUUCGCCGUCUGUCUCGUGGAUCGCUUGUUUUGGAAAACCGAUACCGACAGAUAUUAUGUUUUAGGAAGAGUUCGAUGUCAUUUCAUCAAAAUUCCAGACCGCAACAUAAUGUAUGAAUUAAUUAAAACAUCUGAAAGAUAGAAAGGAAUAUUUCAAGCAUCUUAGAGAGAUAGAAAAUAGAAUAUAUUGUCGUCUUUGUCAGAGUCACAUUUGAUUUUCAAAACGAGCACAUACUAAGACUUACAGGGCCAAUUAUUCACACGAGGUCUAACCCAAACCGCGGUUUUACGCAAGCAGAGGGCCUCAAGGAUUCUCUGGAAGAAGGUUGAAUUAAUAAAGGUCCUUCCACUAUUAAUUUUCGGCCCUCUUGACACUUAACUAAAAUAAACGCUCUUCCAAAUUCAUGAUGGCUUAGAGCGCGAUUUUGUUAAACAACGGCUAAAUUUUUUUUAAAUACUGAACCAGCCCCACAGGGUUAAAAAAAUCAUAAUAUUUAUACCAUGCAUCAUCUAUAAUCGCAUAUGUAGCAAGCCGCGAAAACUGUUCCACCCACAAAGUUCUCGGCAUUAAAAAAAAGAGUAAUGAAAAAAAGGAGAAUUCAAAGCUUAAUGUAAAGUCGAAAUCUACUUCUGUGAGGAGAUUGAUUUUCUCUCGAUUUUCAUUAGCUGUUGCCAAAUUGAAAGCAAGAAAAUAGAAAAAUGGGGCAUUAGUAGUUGAUAAGUAAAAAUGUUACGGUUAUAAACAAAAUACAGAUGUUUUAGCAGUCGCAUUAAAGAGUGCUGUAGCAGACGCCAUUCUCGAAAGUAAUUAGAUGAGGCCAAAAAGACAGUUUAACGUUUCCGCUUGCGUUAGUUUCGUCGCCGAUUUCCUUUAGACCGUCUGUUCUCUCAGACUCCGUAUUCAAAUCCGCGCAAAAGGUUAUGGAAAAAUAACCAGUUUAACAAAGAAAUUUCUCAGCUGCAAUAAAAAGGGUUAAAAUAGAAAUGUUUUAAAGAAGCAAGGAAACACCGUCACCAUGGUAAUAUAACUAAUCUAUUCGACCGGUUCUCUUUUUCAUUUAUUCAAGGGACUUUGGUUUCCCGCGUAGAAACCAAUUAUCGUAUGAUUUUUUUUUCCCUGCAAUUUUCGUUGCAUAAAAAUUAGAUCCGAUUUUGGCCAUUAAAAGAGUACAUAAGUUGUUCGGUUAUCGCAUCACUACUAAAAAUGUUUGGAGAUACAACUGUGGUAAAUUGUUGUUCAAAGUCAGGAUUACUCUUCACACAUUUGAACUCUAGGAACGAUGAUUGUACAAUGGUCCUAAAUUUCUGAAUAAAUUCGAGAAGGUGAUGGGAUUAUCAAAUUUACAUGCCAUUUAAGUUUUAGAACUAAAGUUUAAAGAUCGCGAAUAUUUGAAAGCAAAAAAAGAACUGAACGCACAAUCUAUGAACUUGAUCUCCUACUAAAAGAUCUGGAAAACUUUUUUUCAAUAGAGAAUGUAAAAGCUUUAAGAUUUUAAUCCCUUUAGAAUGAUUCCUCAAAAGCCUGGCAUUGAAAAGCAACGCUAUUAUUCAUUUGAAGAUAAAAACACGCAGACAUAUAAAUUCACAAGUCUAAAGUAAGGAAAUGGCAGGGCAGCCGCUGUCUACGUCAAAGUGUAUUUAAAAAUGUUCGUCUUUGUAAUUAUUCACAAAGGCUGAAAACACCUGCUGGAGUAAUGAAUUUCUUACCAUCUUUACUGAAAAUGUAAUCUGUUCUCGUUAAAUUGCCUCGAAUUUGCGAAAUAAUAUCAUUGUGUCAUCGGGAGCGCGUGCACAUAAACUCAGGGUAUUAAGAGAGAGACCGCAUUCAGCGUUCCGUUGAAUUUCAUAUUGGUUCCAGCCACGUCUGUAACUAACGAGAAACGAUGGCGACUUAUAGAGAAUUUCAGAAUGAGGUCAGUCAAGUUUUAUUUAAUGAUUAUUUCAGUUGAUGGGCACUACCAUGAGAAACAUCGCUUAUAAAUCAAUAGCCACUGAAAAAGGUGACUCGCUUUGAUAACCACGAUAUGACACAAACAACGAUCAUGUGUCCCUUUUUUGGAAUAUCUCGCAUUGUAUCCCUUUGCAAGAGUAAAGAGAGUAAAACUCCAUUUGCUUUGAAAUCUUUAACUUUGCGAGCGAGUCGCUGGUAAGAAACAUUCCCCUUUUGAAAACAGAAUUUUACUAAUGACAGUGACCAUUUUUUUGCGAAGAACGAAAUUUAACCCUACGCAACCAACUGGCUGGAUCUUGAUUUACAUUACGAUUCAGCUUUUCCCAUUCCGCCAAACAAAGGGAAAAGCGAGCUUGACGCUCUUUGUCAGCCGAUCGUGAUGGAACAAACGGAACCAGAGACGCCAUAAGAGGACGUGCAAUGGAAAUUUAGUGUUUUAAUUAUACAAACACUGAAAAAUUCGAUAUGAUAAAGAAAACUCGAAGCUCAAUUUCACGUCAGUAUUUUUUUCGAAAUUCAUUCUGAUGUUAAAUGUGUACCGUUAUUGUAUGCGCUUUAAGUUAUCAGUGUUUUGGGUGUAAAUAAGCAAAAUCAACGAAAUUUCGAGCUUCAAUCUUCAGUAGUAAUCGAAAUUUCAAGUCUCACAGUUUUAAAAAUAAUAAAAAUAAUAAAUGAGCUCAUUGUUUUGCUUUGAAACUAAUUACGUUUCGCACCGCAACGCUUCACAAAGAAAAAAUGAUUAGAGCAAAAGUGCUCGUAAAUUGAAAUGUUUAGUAAUAAAAAAAUCUGAAUUUGUAAACAUUCUACAGUUUUUUUAAUCGUGUGAUUUUCCUAUUGCAGUGUAUGUCGUGUAAAGAAAAAAAUGCUCUGCCGACGAUUUAAGAAAAAUUCGAUUCGAUGUUUCGUCAGAAUGAGGAAUUGUCUCGCUAUUUCAAAUAAAGAAUCAGGUCAAUUGAUUUAACUUUGUAAGACAGACUAUUUUUUAUUUAUGAAGAAUACCGCCCAAAAAAUUAUUGGAACACCACCUCGUUAAAAAAAGGCUACGAGAGACGAACCAAUAGCAGUCUUGGUUUUAUAUCAAUGAAUGAACAAACUUUGGAGUGCGUUAUAAUAAUAACCGUGAAGAAACACCCCUCUACCCUAUCAAGAAGAAAAAAACCACCCUGAUAAUGAGCACAGUGUCUUGUAUUUUUUGAGACGAACAGAGUCUGUUCACUCAAAAUCGUUUCAUGUCGGGUUGCUAGGUAACUUGAUUGAUCCCUGGCAAUAAAACAACGUCGUAUCUUUUGUUAAAAUUUUCCGUUCGGCCGAACUGUCUUGAGAAUUCGUGCAUAGCGUUUACCCUUCCAUUCUUCAUUAGACUUUUUCUGUCCUGAUUUCACGAUCAUUUGCUAUUGAAGGAAACAGACAAAGAGAGAGAAGAGCCACAACUCAUGUUUCCUAUUUCGUCACUCAAAACAUGAUGGUGACGCAGUGAUUGCGUUUUGUUUCAAGAAGCAGAUGUCAUCAGUUUUGCGUAACAUCCUCUCCGACAAAAAAGUCACUUUCCUUCCUGCUUAAUACCUUUUAAUCUGGAUUGCAUGUUACACAGGUAGAGAAUUCAGGAACACUUAACCCAUCUACUUGUUUCUUAUUAAAUUUGCAGCCAAUGGGAGGGUGUUCGUCCGCUGUGUCACCUGAGGACCCAAACGCUCAGCAAAACACAAAGACAAACUGGUGUGUGUGCUGUGGAUCAAGGUGGGUAAGAAUAUGAACACAAACAAAAUGUAAAUAGGUUCAAGACUUCACGUUCCUUUUCCCGUCCAAAAAAAAGAAAAAAGGACUGUAUCAAGCCAUAUUGACCUCCAGCGUGGUCACUAACAGAAUAAUGGCGAAAAGACUAUGGAUAGAAUGGUAGAUAUUUUCCCCAUAUCCUUUGAAACAUUUUGCUUCCACAAAACCCGAAUAAAGGAAGCCUAUACCCAGCCAUAUUGACCUCAAGCUUGGUCAAUGAUGGAAUUAUAAUUAUUACCCAAUAAAUUCAUAAACCUCAAAUACAAUUUUUUUUCGUUCAGUCUGGCCUAAGAUUGGCUCUGUUGUUGCCAAAACGUAUGGGAAAAUUUUUCCUUCAGCAGGGAAGAGUUUCCUAUUUUCAAAUUAAAACUAUCAUCCAAUACUUGUUACGUAAUGUAAAAAAAAAGAAAUUACAAGAUUUUCUGAUAUACGUCCAUUGUCUAACAGACAAGACUCCACAGCUGCUCUGCUGUCCAAAAAAGAACAAGAUUUGGACUGUGCACGGUAAGAUAACGAAACACCUUCAUUUUUAUUGAUCAUUCGCUUUUUCGAAAAAUUCCAGAAAAUUAAAGAUGUUCUGACAACCUUCGAAACCCUCCGAAGAAGUAAAGAUGAUGUCGAGGACCGUUACUGGACAAAGUGUCUAGGGGAAAAUUCAUAAACCUGUGACUCUAAUGUAUUUGUUCUGCGGUUUCUCGAUUCGUAGGCCAACGAUCGAAGAGGCGAAGAAGUGGCCAACGUCGUUCGAAACUGUGCUAAAACACAAAUUUGGUCUUCAACUGUUUCAAGAUUUCCUUCGAUCCCAAUAUGGUGAGGAAAAUCUCAGUUUCUGGUUGGCUGUGGAGGAUUACAAGAAAUCGGACGAAAGCACUCGGGCAGAAAAAGCAAGACUGAUUUAUGAGGACUAUGUAUCCACUCUCUCGCCCACAGAGGUAAUUCACACUCAAAAUGACUAAAGAAAAAUUAAAGCCGUUGUUCCAUGUCGUCUCGUUAAAAAAAAAAAAAAAAAUUAAAAAAAAUACCUUUAACUCGUUGACCCCUCAGAGUGACUUGCAUCUGGUUUCUCCUUACAAUAUCACACCUGAAUCAAACAUUUGGGUCAUGAGAAUAAACUAAAUGAUCACCAACUGAAGAAGCUCCUGGUUUUUAAACAAAUUCUCCUUGUCAGCACCGUGGGAAAUGUAUAAAGAUCAGUAUGGAGAAUAUGCAUACUGAUAUUAUGCUGUAAGAGGUUCACGCAUGCCAGUUUCUUUGUGCCUUUAUUUCAGUUCUCGUAUCUCUUUUCCGUUUACAGAUUAGUUUAGAUGCCAAAGUACGAGCAGAAAUCGAUAAAAGCAUGAGCAAUCCGGAUAAAGACACCUUUAAAUGCGCACAAGAUCAUAUAUUUACGCUAAUGUACCAUGACUGUUUUCCAAGAUUUAUCAAAUCGAAACAUUACAAACAACUUUUGAAGAAACAUUGACCCAGGCUGGUGCGCAGCGUUGACUUUUGAACAAAGACGGCGACGAAUUAACUCUUCAGUUCAAGCAUGGGAAAGCGCAGCCAUUGAAAUGUUUUACACAAGAUGCGGAUUACUAUAGAACAAUGCGAAGUUAAUUUACAGUACAAGUGGUCAUGAAUUUCUCCGUCGUACACAUUAGCAGAAUUUCACCUGAUUUCGAUGCAUACAACCAUCUACUGAGUAUCAAUUUACGACUCAAAUUAUGAUUCCGUACUCAUCAACUCAUGAAAAAUUCAUUGACAAAAUCUUACACAGGAACAGGAUGAAGAAUAAACCAACCAGAAUACUCGAUUCCCAAACCGCCAAACUAAGUAAGUGUUGCUUUCCCCUUCCAAUUCCAACUGUGACUUAGAUCAUUUAAGCCUAAAUAUCCGUUUUCGAUUCAAAUUAUUGAUUUGAUUACAGAGUUUUGUCUGUUCUUCCUUCCCGCAUGUUCUUUAGUUUUUUGAGUCGUACUGUAAGUAAAGUUCUCAUCCAGCCUGAAGGUCAGAAGAAUUGUUACUUAAUAGCAUAACAGAGACAUUUUGAUUUUUACCCCAACUUGACCAAAAAAAGCAAAACCCUUACAAAGGCAUUCUCGUUUAGGAACACUGGGUUUAUAUUAGGUUCGUCUGUAAAUACGAUGUAAUAUAAUAACACAUCAAGUGCCAGCGGAUAAGAGGCUGCUGACUGACAUCCGUUAAAUUUGAUUACCGUAGUUGUGACAAAUUCUUGGUACAUCUAAUGAUAUCCAUAAACAGAGUAAAUAAGAGAAGUUUCUAUAAGGAAAAACGUCUAUGGUCACUUUGUAAAACAGUUUAAACAGGCCAGCUGCCUGGCCUUUUUUAGAGCAAAAAACAUUGCCAAAAAACAUUCUUACUUGUAAAACUUAAGCCUCAAAGUUUUGCACUGUUUUGGAUCGAUUUUGUCUUGAUAAGUUUCUAGCAUUUUCUAAAUAACCUACAAACUUGCUCGCGUGUCACUUUCUUCAAGACUAUGGAGAUUUUGAACAGUUAUCACUGUUAGUGAAUCAAGUAGAGCAAUGAGUUUCCUUUUAAGUUAGACAGACAAUUCAACAGUUUAGAAAUGUUUCCUCGGAGACCUAAGAUAUUUUGUAAAUAGACGUGUGGUACGAACAACUUGUUUCCUUGAGACAUGUCCUCGCAACACAUCUGUACAGCUGCUUGAGUUUGCGGUCAAAUGUUUAUUUAUAAGAUAACACUGUCGUAAUAAAGAGAUUCGAAUAAAUGAUCAAAUGAAGGCAAGAAAACGCAAACAAAUGAUUAGAUGUAAUAAAAUGUAAAUUAAAAUAAAUUGUAAAUAGAUUACAGGUUGAACUGGUGGAAAAUGACCUCUGUUUACUGAGCCAC